CAGUUCCUGCUCCUGCUAGUCACAGACACACACAUACACAGUGCUGUAUCAUGUCGGAGAGCGCGUAUUAAAGUGUUUUAUUCUCGGGAACAGUACAGGAUUCAGUAUGAGUGCUGGAGGUCACCAGAGCCUCCUGCUGCUGCUUCUCUCCACACUGCAGUGGGGUUUGUUUGGGACACAGAGCUCCAGCUCCUGGUACCAGGAUCUGUGCAGCUAUAACUGGGAGACUGUGGACCAGGACAGCAAUGUAAAAUACACCCUGAAGCUUUGUUCUUCUUCUCCGGAGACGGCCUGCGGCCCGAACGCUGCUGUUUGUGCCCAGAAUCUAACCAGCAGCAAGAGCCAGUCAGUGGGCGAUAUCUCCUUGCUGACGUCCUCCAGCUCCGUGCUCACCUUUAACAGCACUCAGACAUGCCGAGGCGAGAGCAGCAAAGUGCAAAGCAGCAUCAGUUUCCAGUGUGGGAAAACAAUGGGGACGCCGGAGUUCGUCACUGUGUCACAGUGCAUUCAUCACUUUGAAUGGAGAACUUAUGCAGCCUGCAAAAAAGAGAUGUUCAGACCACUGAAGGAGGUUCCCUGCUACGUGUUUGAUUCGGACGGGAAAAAACACGACCUCAAUCCUCUCAUCAAAGACAAAGACGGCUACCUGGUUGACGACUCGGACGAUAGCGUCGACUUUUAUAUAAACGUUUGCAGAAAUUUGGACCGAGCAAAUAGUCCCUGUCCUAAAGACACUGCUGCCUGUUGGACUAUAGACGGCAAAUCAGUAAGCCUGGGGAAACCGGACAAGCCUCUGGAGCUCAUCUCGAAUGACAGGUUGAGGCUGCGCUACGAGUCCGAGAGUAAGUCGUGUAAUGGGCACAAGCCUGCAGUCACCAUCACCUUCAUCUGCCCCUCUACAAGACAGCAGGGAAGCGACCCCAAGCUGACCGCCGAGGAGAACUGUCGCUACGAGGUGGAGUGGAUGACUGAGUACGCCUGCCACAGAGACUACCUGGAGAGUCACAACUGCACGCUGACCAGCCGACAGCACGACAUCUCCAUCGACCUCACACACCUCACACACGGCUCUGGAGACGAUCCCUACGCUGUUCAGGCUCAGAUCGGGAAGGACACCUACAUGUUCUAUCUUAACGUGUGUGGAGAGACCAGAGCCGGUCAGUGUAACGAUAAAGACGAUAAAGGUUUCAUCUCGACUUGCCAGGUGAAGGAAGGUGGAAGUGUGGCCAAAGUCGCUGGAAGGUUCCAGAAUCAAACACUCAGGUACUCUGAUGGAGAUCUGACUCUCAUCUAUCCAGGAGGAAACGAAUGCAGCUCAGGCUUCCGGCGUAUGACCAUCAUUAACUUUGAGUGCAACGAACAUGCAGGAAAAGGCUUCCCCGAGUUCACAGGAGAGGUCGACUGCACGUAUAACUUUAACUGGCAGACGUCCUACGCAUGUGUACAGAAAACCAAAGACCUGCUGUGCAGAGUCACAGAUGGCAAAAUGCAUUACGACCUGUCUCGUCUCACUCGCUACGCAGGAGCAGAUAAGCAACAAAACUGGGAAGCGGUGGAUGCUAACGUUCCAGAAACAGACAAAAAACUCUACUACAUUAACGUGUGUGAUAAAAUCAUCAAGCAGGAAGAGACUGGCUUGUGUCCUGAAGAUGCAGCUGUGUGUGCUGUGGGGAAAGGAAAGUUUACCAGCCUGGGUAAAUUUCUCUCCUCACCGCAGAAAGUCCUGACUGGGAAAGACCUGAGGCUUAUAUACACAGACGGAGAUGAGUGCCGGAAAAACACAAAGAUUAAAAGCAUCAUCACUCUGAAGUGUAAACCGGGUGACAUGGACAGCCCCCCCGCCAUGAGGAGCGUGUCCAGCGACGGCUGCGUUUACGAGUUCGAGUGGCAGACUGCCGCCGCCUGUGUGCUCACCAGAGCGAAUGGGGACGACUGUAAAGUGGAAAACUCCACCUCAGGAAUUUAUUUUGACCUGACCCCACUGAGGAAGGCUGAUGGAGGUUACUACAACAUCUCCAGGGACAAAUACGACUACUUUAUUAACGUGUGUGGGAAUGUUAAGGCUGCAAAUUGCCCUGAGAAAUCAGGAGCCUGUCAGGUUGACAGAAGUACUAAAACUAAUUCGUGGAACCUGGGUGAGUUUAACUCCAGUUUGUCAUAUUACGAUGGAAUGAUCGAGCUGGACUACAUGAACGGCUCUCGGUACAACAACAAGGAACACACACAGCGCUCCACACACAUCUCCUUCCUCUGUGACCGAGAGGCUGGGCCGGGGAAACCUGAGUUUCAGGCUGAGGAUGAAUAUACGUACAACUUCAGGUGGUACACGUCUUACGCCUGUCCAGAAAGGCCACAGGAGUGUGUGGCUACUGACCCCGUGACCUUACAGCAGUUUGACUUGUCUAGUUUGUCCAAGUUGCCCGGAUCCACUAACUGGGAGGCUCCUGACAUCAGUAGACAGAGGGUGUACUACAUUAACGUGUGCCGGCCGCUCGUACCUGUGUCAGGCUGUGACCGACUCGCCUCAGUGUGCCAGAUAAAAACUGGAACGCCAUCUGCAAAAGUGACCAUCAGUAACAUGGGCUUGGCUAAAAAAGGCCCUACGUUCGAAGAAGACAAUCAGCUGAUGCUGGAGUACACGGACGGCUCGGUGUGUGAGGCGGACGGGAAGAUGAGCACCUACACCACCCGCAUUCACUUCAUCUGCUCCAAAGGGCCAGCGUCAUCUGGUCCACGUUUCUUAUCAGAUCAGGACUGCGUAGUGGAUUUCGUGUGGGACACUGAGGUAGCCUGCGCCAUUUCAACUGCUGUAGACGCCAAUCAGACUUGUUCUUUGAAGCAUCCCAAUACCGGCUUUGAGUUCAACCUGCUCCCUCUGGCUUCCGGAAACGGAUACAAGACAACUGCAAACGGAAAAGAGUUUCUCGUGAACAUCUGCUCGGCCGCCCAGCAGUGCGGAUCAGAAAAGCAGGAUGUAGCGGGUUGUGUGGUGGAGGAUGGCAAGCCUCACAGUUUUGUAGGACUGGAGAGAUCCCUGCAGUUGUCUACUGAUGGCCUGCUCACUCUCACAUACAGAGGAGAGCUGGAUAAAAAUCUGGGUACCAGAGCCACGUUCACCAUUAAUUUUGUGUGUGAUCAAAGCGCCAGUAACGGCUCCCUGAAUCUCAUCCGUGAGGAGCUGGGAACGUCCUCACACGUGCAGCAUGACGUUCUUUUUGAGUUCUCUACAGCUCUUGCAUGCGAGCCUGCACCGGUAGAUUGCCGUGUCACUGACGCUCAAGGAAAUGAGUACGACCUGAGUGACCUCAGUCUGAAUGAAAAAGCCUACAUCCCCUUAGACACUUCAGACCAGGCCAAGUCUCAGAAGUUCUUCCUCAGUGUGUGUAAACCUCUGCCAUUUGUAAAGGGCUGCCCAGUUGGAGUAAUCGGAGCGUGUGGUCAGUUAAAUGGCCGAGCUGUGAACCUGGGCUAUGUGCAGUCCAGUCUGCAGGCCGGCUCAGACGGCUCCAUCAGCAUCGUCUAUCAGAAUGGAGAUAAGUGUGGCUCAGCAGGCCGCUACUCCACACGCGUGAUCUUCCAGUGUGACGACAGCCCUGGCUCACCAUUGUUUGACCGUAAGGACGGCUGUGAAUACGUCUUUGUCUGGAGGACCUCUGAGGCUUGCGCAGUUAAGAAAGCACAAGGUACAAACUGUAAGGUAAAGGAUCCCAGGAGUGGCUAUGAGUUUGACCUGACGCCACUGUCUGAGAAGGAUUAUGCGGUGAAGGGUUCGUCGUAUGAAUAUCACUUUGCCGUAUGCGGCCCUGUUUCGUCGUCAGUGUGUCCACACGGAGAUGACCAGAUGGUCUCGUCCUGCCAAAUAGAGGGUUCAAAUCACAGGAUUGCUGGACUGGCUAAUCAAAACUUAACGUUUGACGAUGGAGUUAUAAUGAUCAACUACACGCACGGGGAAACCUGCCACAAGAUUUAUGAGCGAUCAACAGCAAUUAUAUUUUCCUGCGACCACAGCAUGAAUCCGGGGAAGCCGGUGUUUAUCAGAGAGACAACAUCCUGCUCCUACUUGUUUGAAUGGCACACUGCAUUGGCUUGUCCUCCUUUUAAGACCAUCAGCUGCUCCUACAAUGACGGCAAUGGGCACUCGUACGAUCUGUCCUCAUUGGCUCUGCACAGCAGUAACUGGGUGGUUCUGCCUCAGACUGGGAACAAAGACCAGCGUUACUACAUCAACGUGUGCAAGUCUCUCGUACCUCAGAGCGGUUCAUGGGACUGCCCGAGCAGCGCUGCAGCGUGUCAGAAGAAUGGUGAGAAGUACGUGAGUUUGGGAGAAACGCAGUCUGAGCCACAGUGGGAGGAAAACAUGUUAGUGCUGAAGUACACGGAUGGACAAACCUGCCCUGGAGGAGACCGCAAACGAUCCACUAUCAUCCGCUUUAAAUGUGAUCGGAACAAAGUGGACUCAAAGCCCACCCUGACCACCGCGCUAGAGGACUGUGUGUACAGCUUUGUGUGGUUUACAUCAGCAGCGUGUCCCCUUGAUACCAUAGAACACGGAGACUGUAAAGUCAAUAAUCCAGCCACAGGGCAUCUGUUUGACCUGAACUCACUCACUCAGGAAGCUGGAUAUAUCGUGUACCACAGCGUUGACGUGAGGAAGAUGUAUCGCCUCAAUGUCUGUGGCCCUGUUAAGAACACAGGCUGUGCUUCAGACGCAGGAGUGUGCAUCAAAGACACUUCCUCCGCUGUGAACGGAGGAAUGUCUAGCAAGAAGCUGGUCUAUAAGGACCAUGUGGUGGAGCUGACCUACGAGGGUGGUGACGUCUGCGAGGCCAAUCCGACGCUGAAACACAAGAGCAUCAUCAGCUUCGUCUGCAAGUCUGACGAAGGAGGAGAAGGAAGCAGCAAGCCCGUGCUGGUCGACUCGGACAAGGACACGUGCACUCACUUUUUCUCCUGGCACACACCGCUGGUCUGCGAACAACAGACGAGCUGCUCAGUUUGGAACAAAACCAGCCUGAUAGAUCUGAGUCCUCUAAUUCACCUCAGCGGCUACUACACAGCCACGGAUGAGGACACGGACAUGACCGAAGACAGGAGCAAGGACGCGUCCCGUGUCUUCUACAUUAACAUCUGCCAGCCUCUGAACCCUAUUCCAGGGGUCAAGUGUCCUCCUGGAGCCGCAGUGUGUAUGGACCCUCCUAAAGGAGACCCCAUUGACAUCGGACGUGUCACUUCCUCUCCUAAGUAUAACUCUGCUACUGAUGAGGUGGUGAUCGAUUUCAGCAGUACAACCCCGUGUGCGGCGGAUCCCUCUGUCAACUACACGUCCAGAAUCAUCUUCAACUGCCAGAAAGCCACAGACUUGGGAUCUCCGGAGAUGAUGCAUCAGCUGGACUGCAUGUACGUGUUCGAGUGGCCGACGCCUCUGGUGUGUCCGGAGACGGUCAGCGCGCAGGGCUGCAAGCUCCAAGUCUCCCAACUGCAGUACACCUUUGACCUCUCGGUUCUGUCCAGAGAUGUUCAGGUUCCUGCUCCUUCUGGAACAUAUAAGCUGAACGUUUGUGGGUCUGUGAAGGAUAAGGAGUGUAAGAAGAGCGUGGUGUGUUUGGUCUCCAAGUCUUCGGCGUCCUCGUUCGGCCUCGGCGUAGCCGUGAGUCUGAACUACAGUCGAGAGGAUCAGACCGUCAUCAUGAAGUACGGAGGUGGAGACCCGUGUCCUUCAGUGACCUCGGAGGGAGACGUGUGUAUGUUUCCUUUUACGUUCUUGGGCAAAACCUAUUAUGAGUGCACACAAGAGGGCAGGGCUGAUGGCAGGAUGUGGUGCUCCACUACAGCUAGCUAUGACAAAGACAAGAAGUGGGGCUUCUGUUCAAGUGUGACCGCUAAGAGGCAGUCGACGAUCUUGUUCACGUGUGACCGCACAGUGGGCCAGGGCAAACCCCAGCUGCUCAGCGAGACGCAGGCUUGUUCCAGCACUUUCCAGUGGCGCACCGACGUCGUCUGUCCUCCGAAAAAGAUGGAGUGCAAGCUGGUGAGCCAUCACCAAACCUACGACCUGCGCCCGCUUUCCUCUCUCACCGAGCCGUGGAAGUUCACCCAUAAGAGCGACGCUUACUACAUGAACCUGUGCCAGGAAAUUCACGGAGGUCUGAUCGGUUGUCCAGAAGGAGCCGCUGUGUGUCGCAGGCGCUCCGGUGGAAAGACGGAGACUCUGGGACGAGUGAUUACUCAGAGCAUGGGCUUAACUGAUGAAAAGAUCCAGGUGAAUUACAGCAGAGGGGAUGCUGUGUGUGGGAAUUCAAAACCAGCCAAAACCAUCAUGCAGCUGGUGUGCGCCAGUACUGUGGGUCGCCCCAAACUCCUGAAGGAGGACACAGUGGCCUGUGAGUUCUGGGUGGAGUGGGAGACUCGUGCAGCCUGUGCAGUGAAGCAGCAAGGAGAGCAGGUGGAGAUGGUGAACGGCACCAUCAGACUUCCCCAGACGGGAGCCAUGUUCAGCUUGGGAGAGCUUUACUACAGCCUCCACAAAGCAACAGGAGACAUCAGAUCCAAUGGUGACAUCUACAUUUAUCACAUCCAGCUAUCGGGCAUCACAGACCACUCCUUAUCUCAGUGCAUGGGUGCUAAUAUCUGCCAGGAGAAGAAGGACGGCGCAUACUGCAGGAAGAUCGGCUCGUCUAACAAGGCCAAGUACUACAUCAGAGGGGACAGUCUGGAUGUCCUGGUGCCGUCAGAGUCAGAGUGCGGUCGUGACAAGUCCAAGACCAUGUCGUCGGCCAUCUUGUUCCACUGCAAGCCCGAGGCUGGAGUGGGCAUCCCAGAGUUCCUGCUGGAGGCGGACGGGUGUCAGUACCUGUUUGUCUGGCACACCGACAAAGUCUGUGAACUUUUCACCAUGAAUCAGCAGGUGAAGGACAACGAGGGAGUUGGUUUAUCAGGGCGGAGUCAGGCUGUGGGGGUGGUGCUAAGUCUGCUGAUGGUGGUCAUGACUAUCUGUCUUAUUGUCCUACUACUACACAAACAAGAGAGAAGGGGGCUUUUUCUACAGAAACUCGCCAGUUGCUGUAAACGGAGAAAUCCAGUGUCUUAUAAAUACUCCAAGGUGAGCACGGACGAGGACGGCUGUGAGGACGAGAUGGAGUGGCUGAUGGAGGAGGUGGAUACUCCGGUCCAGAUGCCUCACGAGAAUGGCCACAUCACCACCAAACCGGUGAGUGCUGACGCGCUGCGCUCCUUCUCCCUCGACGAGCAGGACAGCGAGGAAGAAGUUCUCACCGUCCCCGGAGUUCGUGUCCACUCAGGACGAGCCUCCACCUCCGCAACCUCCUCUUGUUUCCUGAUGAACGAGAGCGAUGAGGAUCUGGUGGGGCUGCUAGAUGACACGGGGAGAAAGAACGCAUCCAAACCGAGCUCCAGACAUCUGAGGAAAGCACACGGAGACCCAGACGACAGCGACGAGGACCUCCUUAAAGUCUGAGGAGUCACGUCAUGAACUUCUGAGCCUCUGGUCAUGUUUGUUUUCUAAAGGGAAAUCUAUUUAUCUCUGUACAGUGAUUAUCAACGGACUGUCAUUGUCUCGGCGAUGAAAAUAUUUCAUCGUUUAAUGGUGUGGGUCUUUCAUUCUCCCGGUCUGGUCGAUUCAUUCUGAAAUUGAUCUGUACAGAGAUGUUAAUCUGUGUGAAGGAGGGAAAAAAGAGGGUUUAUGAUCUGUUAUUUAAUUAUAAAGGAAUGAUUUUAUGUUUUCAGUUUUAUUCAUCUUGCUUGUUUCCAUGGCAUCCGGUAGCCAGCCGUGAAAAAGACGGACAAACGAACGCUUGUUUAGAGCUUUGCAGUAAUUUUGCACAUGGAGCCAUGAGGAAUAGCAUUAAUGCUUUCUCUGAUUUUUUUUUUUCUUUCUACUGUGUGCUUUUUGUAUCACUCGACUCACUGGAUUGAAAAGAAAAAAAAAUAAAUCAGCUCCAUGAUUAUCGCUUGCUUUUAAAUCCAAAAGCAUUUCAUGUAACUGGACGUCUCAUGUAUCACUUUAACUUCCCUUCUGCCAUAAAAGCAUGCUGUAUAUCCCUGACACUGAACAUACACAGUAUUUGAUCUCUCUCCCUCCCUCUCUUCUUGCUCUCUCUCUCUCCCUCCCUCUCUCUCUCCCUCUCUCUCUCUCUCUCUCUCUCUCUCUCUCUCUCUCUCUCUCUCUCUCUCUCCACAAAAA